AAUGUUGAUCUCUUCCUAAACUAGUCCAAAUGGUCAAAAAUUAAUCAACCAAACCACCCUUUCUACGGGUUGGCAAAUUUUAGGAGUUGUGAUAAUUAGUGGUGCUUUUUUGACAAACAAAACUAUCAAAUUUAUCCCAAAAUGAUUGUGAGAUUCAAUAUCCUCCUUUUGGCCAUCCUGUGCACAGUUCUACAAGCAAUUCCGGACAACGCCCCGGACUUUCAUCACGAUAAUGCGCCCGCACAGGUAGUCUGGGCCGCCAUCGGGCACGACGUGGAAUUGCCUUGCGACAUCACACCGGCGACACCGCGGGACACGAUCAACAUGGUCUUGUGGUUUAAGGACUCCCCUAUACCACUUUACAGUUUGGAUGCCAGAGGCGGACUGUCGCUCGACAAAGCGAACCAUUCCGCUCUCGGUAGCGAUUUGGGUAGAAGGGUAUAUUUUUUAGUAGGUGAGGGCCCCAAACAGGGCCGGGCGAGGCUGCAAGUUAAGAAUAUUCAGCCAGAAGAUGGCGGUGUCUUCAGAUGCAGAGUCGAUUUUACUGACUCUCCAACUAGAAAUUUUAAGGUCAACUUGACAUUAAUAGUGCCGCCCUCAGAGCCAAGAAUUUUCGACGACCAGGGCCGCGAAUUAAGCAGUGUCGCUGGCCCUUUCAAAGAGGGUUCCGAUUUAUUUCUGUCCUGCCAAGUCACAGGAGGACUUCCCCGUCCAGAAAUAACCUGGUGGAGGGAUGGCAUUUUAUUGGACGGAGUUGUAGAUACUGACAAAAAUGCUGAUACUGCUGUUAAUCAGCUUUUAUUGAGGUCUAUUGGCCGUGAUAUGUACGGGUCCAAAUUAGAAUGCAGGGCUCAAGGGUCAUAUCUGAUACCUCCGGUUGUCAGGAUAAUACAUCUCCGAAUCUACUUAAAACCACUAAAAGUUAAAAUUGUGUCUGGUGACGAACUACUGUCUGCCGGAACAACUCAACAUAUUCGUUGUGAAAGUUGGGGAUCUGUUCCUCCUGCCAAGAUAACUUGGCUUUUGAACAGUGAACCAGUACAAAGCACUUCUUCGACGAUAUCUCCAUAUGAUAGUGUAACUCAUACGACUCUAGGAAAAAAUUCCACAACUUCAAUUUUGAAAUUAAACGUAGUUGCUCAAGACGGUGGCAAAAAGUUGACCUGCAGGGCUUCAAAUCCUUGGUUCAAUGGAGCAAUUAUAGAAGAUACCAGGACCAUAGUUGUCGCAUAUGCGCCAAUAGUAAGUCUGCAAUUGACGGAUAGCAAAGUAAGACAAGGAGAGUCCUUAGACCCAAUGAGACCUCAACCAUUGUUGGUAGAAGGUGGAUAUGCAGAAUUACAUUGUCAAACCCAAGCUCAUCCACCUGUCCAUACAUAUGUAUGGUUUAAAGAUAACGGUGUACUUAUUCCGGAAAAGGUUGGAAUGUUUUCCGAUAAAUCCAUUUUAAGGAUUCCAUCAGUUGGCAAAGAAACCGCCGGCGUUUACGUUUGUGGGGCUACAAAUUCCGAAGGUGAUGCUAGAAGUGCACCAGUUACAGUGAAAGUACAAUAUUCUCCGCGUUGUAAAAGUGGAUUUGAAGAAAAAAGCGUCGGUGCUUUGAGAAAUGGUACUUUAACAGUUCGUUGUGAAAUUGAAGCUGAUCCGUUGGAUGAUUCAGUAAAAUUCAGUUGGACUUAUAAUAACACUAAGGAUGUGCUCCCGGUUCCCAGUUCAAGAGUGUCUUCCUUAGGAGGAAUUUCACAGCUUCAGUAUACUCCUGUAUCAAAUAAUGAUUUUGGUACUUUGGCUUGCUGGGCUAGCAACAGGGCUGGACGUCAAAAAAUUCCAUGUCUUUUCCACGUUGUUCCAGCAAAAGUGCCGCAACCUCCAGGAAAUUGUAUCUUAUCCGAGCAAACUGGAUCUUUGGAUUUAACUUGCACUCCAGGAUUUGACGGUGGUCUUCAUCAGCAUUUUCUGUUAGAAGUUAUAUCUGCUGCAAACACUGAAGGGAUGUCAGCAUCAUCUUCCUCGUCGUUAUCAACAGUUACUACUAGGAGACAUCCAGCGGACGCCGAUAAUGAAAUUUCAACGAUGAAUGAUCAGAGUGAAACGCCAGCAUUAUACCGGAUGACUGAGACGGACCCACACUUCCGAGUACGUGGUCUUCUUCCAGGAAGAGAUUACCAAUUACUGGUCUGGGCAGUUAAUGCACAGGGUCGAAGUGAACCACCUGUAAUAAUAGAAAGAGUGCGAGUUGCUUUGCCAAUGAGCCACGUUGGGGCUCUUUCUGAAGGUCCUAGUGAUGUUGGCCAAACUUUACCUGCCAACACUGGUCAGGCAACUAAUGGUGCAGGAAAUAUUAUCAGUGGCGGCGGUAAAGCAUCACAUAAAUCGGUUGCAGUGAUUCUAGGGGCCUUGAUCAGUGCUGCUGGCCUUAUACUAUCUGCAAUACUUUUUGCAACUAUAUUGGUUGUUUGCAAGAAACGAAAUGUUGCCAACGAAGAAAUUCGAAUUCCUGAAGAGCAACUACAAUCCAGUUCUAGGCCACGAACUGAAGGCCCGUCAAUGUACAGCGGCGAAAUGGAAUCGUCCAGUGCCGAAUUGGAUUAUCCUAUACACAGAAAACCUGCAGAAAUUACUAUUACACCGCUCAGAAACAGCAGAGCUAGUAGACAAUUACCCGAUAGCAUAGUUCGAUUUUCACAACCUUCAAUGAAUGAACCUGAUCUAAUCCUAGCUCGAAGCGUUGAUCCUGGUUUCGUUAGGACAUGA